CAAUUGGUUAUAGUUCGUUGCCCGUGCAAGAUCAUCAACAACUGCUUUCAUUUCAUUUUCCAAGCUAUCACAUCUCUUUCAUGAGAUGUCGAUCCACCCCCUUUAAAAUUUAGGAGCCGAAAAGCGCAUAUUAUGUUCAACGCAAUGGCGCAACGCUUGCAGGAGCUAAUGGUGCUUUUCUUCUUAGCAAUCUUCUCCAAGGCGGUGGCUGGCCUCAAGCCUUAUGCCAGGGCCAAUAUAACACCUGACACAGCAAUUAAUAAUUAUUGCUUGAGCUGGAGGUUGGCGGUGGAGACCAACAAUGUGCGAGGGUGGCGGACUGUCCCUGUUCAGUGCUUACGCUACAUUGAAGCUUAUAUGCUCGGAGGGCAGUAUGAAAGGGACGUUGAGUUCAUUACAGAACAAAUUUUGAGCUACGUGAGUGGGAUUGAUCUCGCCGAUGAUGGCUUGGAUGCAUGGAUUCUUGACGUUGAUGACACUUGCAUCUCCAAUAUGUUUUACUACAAGGGAAAGAGAUAUGGGUGCGACCCAUAUGAUCCGGCUGGGUUCAAGGCGUGGGCGUUGAUGGGAGGGUGUCCAGCGAUUCCACCGGUGUUCAGAUUGUUCAGGAACCUGGUGGAGACUGGGUUUAAGGUGUUCUUGGUCACUGGCAGAGACCAAGAAACUCUAGGCCAAGCCACUGUUGAUAAUUUGCAUAGCCAAGGAUUCAUUGGCUAUGAGCGAUUAAUUUUGAGGACGGCGUCGUACAAAGGGCAAAGCGCAGUGACAUUCAAAUCUGAUAUUAGAAGGCAACUAGUAGAAGAAGGGUAUAGGAUAUGGGGAAAUGUAGGGGACCAGUGGAGUGAUCUACAAGGAGAAUUUUUAGGCAACAGAACAUUUAAGCUUCCCAAUCCUAUGUACUUUGUCCCCUGAUCAACUCAUACUGUGGAAUACUAUGCUGUUCUGGUCCUGACAGGAUCAAAAUACUGUAUCCUUAUACUUGUAUCUUAUUAUUAUUUAUAAUUAAUAAAUACAAUCUGCCAAUUACCAAUAAUGAACU